AUGAACUUGUUGGAAGUUCAACAGCUUCUCGUCGAGGCCCCACCCGAACAAUUCGCUUAUUUAAUACUUGUCGUUCUCACGCUGACGCUCACCGUUUCCAUUAUCGCGUUGUGGAAAAAGGUACGCCGCUUAUUUUCGUCAACGAAACAUCGAGCGGCACACGAGGCGCCGAAUUUGAACACCGAGCGCGUCACAGAAGCGGCGAGAAACAAAACAUCAAGUCGAGCAUUAUCGCCGAUUGCCGAAAUCGAAAUGGAUCAACAGUUGCAGUCGUUAUCACCGCAAUCGUCGAUGGUUCUCAAUGGUCAGACCGUCGGAUCGUGCACAGAUAAGCUGGAUGAAAUUUCGGAGGUUGUCGAGAACUGCCCACAAAAGGCGUUGUCUCAUCCGCCGCCGGAUUGGAUUGAUGGUCCGCGCGAUGUGUCGGUCCUUCCAAUCAUUGUGCAAUCCACAUUUUGCCCCUAUGUCGAAGAAGCGGAAUACGCGCUCAAGCAGAUGCUGCUCAUAAUUGAGGAUAUCACUAAUGUCGAUGAGCACAUUGAUUCGUUCGUGUUGUGCUUGAAUGCCAUUCAAUGUCGAUUGCCUUCGGUUGAAAUGGACGAGCAAGGCAAUCCGGCUUGGGAUAAAGUCUAUGCGAAGUUGGUGGAAAAAUCGGAAUCGCCAUUCGAAUGCUUGAUAAAUAAAACGGAAAACGGUUUGACGCUGCCGCAAAUCUCCUCCAUCAUCGACACGCUUCCGUUUUUGUUCGAUAACAUAGCGUUGCAUAAGGAAUUGCAUCAUCUAGGCACCAUCUUGAGCUUUGUCUUUUUGAUGAUUCUCCGAAUCGUAGCAGCGAAUUCCAAGAAUGUCGAAGUGGCUCUUGUGGCGGUAGUGGUGCCGAUUGCCAUCCCCCUUCUAGAGUACGGACCAUUUUGA